CGGGAACAUGAGGUCAAAGGUCAUUAUACAUAUUCAGCAACAUGGCUGCCGACCAAACGCAGUUCGAAGCGAUUUUGAGCGCUCUUAUGAGCCCAGAUAAUGCCACGAGAACGCAGACAGAGCAAGCUUAUGAACAGAUUCCGACUCCCACCAAACUUCAGUUCCUCAUCAACACUAUUAGAAAUUCGGACACGUCUAUUGAGAAUCGGUCGCUUGCCAAUGUUCUCCUACGGCGGCUCUUUUCCAACAGCUUUGAGGAAUUCUGGCCCAGUCUGUCACGGGAACUGCAGGAGGCCAUCAAACGGGAACUUAUGCUGGCUGUCCAAGAGGAGUUAACUCCGCCUGUGAGAAAAAAAGUCUGCGAUGCCGUAGCAGAACUUGCUAGAAAUCUAAUUGAUGAGGAAAACAACAUGCUAUGGCCAGAAGUGCUCAAGUUUAUGUUUGAAUGCGCCAACUCACCGGAUGCAGGUCUCAGAGAGAGUGCACUUCAUAUAUUCAGUUCUGUGCCUGGAAUUUUUGGCAAUCAACAGGCGCAUUACCUGGAUGUGAUCAAACAGAUGCUAGGGCAGUGUUUACAAGACAGAGCGAACCCGCCAGUUUGGUUUGAAGCUAUCAAAGCAACAUCUGCCUUUCUGCUAGCUAACGACAAAGAACCGACUGUACUGGCUCACUGCAAGGACCUUCUGCCUGGUGUUGUUCAGGGUCUGACUGAGAGUGUGAACCAGCAGACGGACGAUGGGAUAUUCAAGUGUCUUAUCGAGCUGGCGGAAAGCGUGCCCAAGUUUCUCAGACCACAGCUUGAUGUGCUGAUCCCAUUCUGUCUAAAAGUUGUUUCUGAUGCGAAUUUAGAUAACAGCUGGCGUCAGCUUGGUCUGGAGGCACUGGUCGCGCUGGCGGAAUCCGCUCCGGCCAUGAUACGCAAGUUUGGAAAAUAUAUUCCACUGUUAGUGCCUCAGGUUCUUGCGUUGAUGGUGGACCUGGAGGAUGAUAAAGACUGGUCCCUCCAGGAUGACCAGGAAGACGAAGACACUGACAGUAAUGCUAUAGCUGGAGAGAGUGCUCUUGAUCGACUGGCCUGUGCACUCGGUGGAAAGACCAUGCUGCCCCACAUCAUCGCUAAUGUGUCUCAGAUGUUGCCCAAUGAGGACUGGCGGUACCGCCAUGCAGCACUGAUGGCCAUCUCGGCGUGCGGCGAGGGAUGUCACACUCAGAUGGAAGCCAUGCUCAACACCAUCAUGGAAGCCAUCUUGCCUUACCUCAGAGAUCCACACCCGAGAGUUCGUUAUGCAGCGUGUAAUGCUAUUGGUCAGAUGUGCACAGAUUUCGGACCCACAUUGCAGAAACUGUUCCAUGGGCGGAUUGUUGUCGAGCUGCUGGCGGUAAUGGAUGACCAUGGCAACCCGCGGGUCCAGGCACACGGUGCAGCGGCCCUUGUCAACUUCAGCGAGGACUGUCCCAAGCUGAUUCUCGUCACCUACCUCGAUCUUAUCAUCGACAAGCUCGAGCAGGUCCUCACUGGCAAGUUCAAAGAGCUAUUGGAAAGAGGGACGAAGAUGGUAUUGGAACAGGCUGUCACAACCCUGGCGUCAGUCGCCGACACAUCUGAAGAUAAGUUUGUAAAGUAUUAUGACAGGUUUAUGCCAAUUUUGAAAUACAUCGUUCAGAAUGCGACAGGAAAAGAGCUUCGAUUGCUUCGUGGUAAAACUAUUGAAUGCAUCAGUUUAAUUGGUCUGGCAGUUGGUAAAGAAAAGUUUGGUCAGGACUGUGAUGAUGUGAUGCAGUUGUUGCUGAAGACGCAGACUGAACAGGUGGAGGAAAUGGCCGAUGAUGACCCCCAGAUUUCCUACAUGAUAUCAGCAUGGGCGCGGAUGUGUAAAAUUCUGGGGAAGGAGUUUCAGAAAUAUUUACCUCUAGUCAUGACCCCAGUGCUCAAGGCUGCGUCGCUCAAACCAGAAGUUGCUCUCAUUGACAGUGAUGAAAUGAAGUCGGUUGAGAAUGACACGGAUUGGCAUUUUAUUACCCUCGGAGAUCAGCAAAGUUUUGGAAUUCGUACGGCCGGUCUUGAGGAAAAGGCCACUGCGUGUCAGAUGUUGGUUUGUUACGCACGCGAGCUCAAGGAAGCGUUCUCCGAGUAUACGGAAGAAGUCGUCAAACUGAUGGUCCCGCUCUUGAAGUUUUAUUUCAAUGAUGAGGUUCGAGUGGCCGCGUCUGAGAGUUUACCGUUUCUCAUCGACUGUGCUCGGAUACGAGGCCAGCAGUACCUGGCCGAGAUGUGGAACUUCAUCUGUCCAAACCUCAUCAAAGCCAUUGAAGUGGAGCCAGAACCCAGCGUGCUGCCCGAACAUUUAAACUCCAUGUCUAAGUGCAUAGAGAAGCUUGGUAAAGGGUGUUUGACCGAUCAGCAUAUGGCCGAAUUGAUCUCAUCUUUAGACAAAUUACUCGGAGAGCACUUCAAACGCCAGGAUGAACGAGCUCAAAAGCGAAAUGAUGAAGACUAUGAUGAGGUCCUGGAGGAAUCUUUACUCGAAGAGGAUGACGAAGAUGUGUAUGUGUUGAGCAAGAUUGCAGACAUUCUGCACUCGUUCUUCGGAACACACAAGGAAGAGUUCCUUCCCAUGUUUGAACAGAUUAUGCCAUUCUUCGUCAAACUUCUAAGUCCUGACAGACCCUGGCAGGAUAGGCAAUGGGCGCUGUGUGUUUGGGAUGACGUUAUAGAACAUACUGGUCCUAUUUCGAUGAAUUACCAGCAGUAUUUCCUACAGAACAUGAUCAGCUACUUGCUGGACAAAGUGCCCGAUGUCCGACAGGCUGCAGAGUACGGUGUUGGGGUCAUUGCGCAGUUCGGCGGCAAUGUGUACGCAGAGGCUUGUGCACAGGCCUUGCCGUCACUGAUUAAAGUUAUCGAGGACCCGGAGUCGAAGAAGCCCGGCAACCUCCAUGCGACAGACAAUGCCAUAUCGGCCGUGACGAAGAUCUGUAAAUACAAUGCGUCAAAAGUGAACGUUGAUGAGAUCAUCCCACGCCUCAUCUGGUGGAUGCCUGUCACUGACGACGAAGAUGAAGCAGAGCAUGUGUACAGUUAUUUAUGUGAUCUACUUUCCAUAAACCACCCAGGUGUUUUAGGUGAGCUUAGUGAGAAUCUCCCACGUAUCGUGGCCGUAAUUGCCGAGGUGUUGUACAAAGAAGUGUUCGACUCGUCUCAAGAAGUCUAUGCGAAGCUGCUGGCAAUUAUUGAACAGAUUAAGAGUAAUGAUCAAGUGUUCCAGCUCUGUGUGAACGGUCUGACUCCUGAACAGAAGGAAGCCUUGUCUGAAGCUCUUGAAAAGUGUUGAUGCGUUGAGAAGUGUUGAUACGUUGAGAAGUGUUGAUACGUCGUAGAUGCUGUAGAAUCUUCACCAUUCAGCAUGUCAUCUUCAUCAACCGUUCCCAGUCUGCAGCUAAAACAAUACUCUUGUGACCGCCUUGCUCACACGUCGUCGCAGCUAUACAUACACGCUUUGUUGACAAGACAAUGCUGCUUAAGUUAUUUCAGUGGCAGAUCUAGGGUAUUAGAUCAAGGUAGGGACGAUGGGUGGGUGGGUGGGUUGCGGAGUGACUAAAGUUGUCUCAAAUUAUUUUAAGCUUAAGUGCCUAAGAUACUACUGCAUAAUAGGUUUGUGACAGAGGAGGGUGGGUGUUAUGGUAAAGGGGGGUGCAUGAGGCAUUAUUGAUAUUUGACUUCCCCUAGAUCUGCUUGUUGAACUGUUAGCAUCCAUUCUUCUAAUAUGCAUUCAAGUGAGACUGUGUUCGAUGAAGUGUAUAACACAAUAUUCUAUUGACUCAAAAUAAAAGUGAUCAAUAAGUAAGCUAAAAUGAUUUCUUAUUGGUUAAAGGUGAUCACAUGAUACAACUAAAAUGAUAUCCUACUGGAUGAAAUUAUUACAUUGCACAUGUAAAGUGAUCUUUAUUUGACGAAGAGACCACAUGGUACAAUUAACUAUAAUUAAAAUCAUAUUCUAUUGGAUAAAGUUAUCUCAUGAUACAACUAACAUAAUAUCCUAUUGAUUACAGCAUCCAGUUAAUGUGCUAUCUUAUUGGAUGAUGUGAUUACAUGACACAAUAAAAUGAUAUCCUAUUGGAUGAGGUGAUCACAUGGUACAAUUAACCCAGGAUCCUAUUGGAUGAAAUGAUUACAGCAUCCAAUUAAUGUGAUAUUCUAUUUGAUGGUGUUUUCAGAAUGGAUAGACCCCUGCUCUUUGAAUAACUGCUCACUGUAUAGUUUGAAGUCGGAACUUUUUGUGAUGAUGAACUUUGGACAAAUCUGGUUAUGUUUUAAACAUGAUGAUACACAUUCCAGUAUCUUCAUUUUAUAUACAUCGACAGGGAAUGAUGUUACUUCAAUAUAGCAAAAAUAAUUUGCAAUAUUUGCUAAUUAAAAAAACAAAAACUAAAACGUUUGAAAAAUAAAUAUUGAUUGUUAAGGGGUGUUCCUAUUAUGUGACCAGUCAAACUGACUUGUAUGCAAUUUGUCGCAGUGACUCUUAAUCGUAGGUGAAUAAGACAAAUGUUCCGAUUUAGGUGUUCUCACAGUAUGCGUCGAUUGCAUGUGACAAGUCUGUGCGACUAAUCAUAUAAUGAUAACGCCGCUUUAAGACCCUGUCAUACUUGGUUGAAAAGUAUAUUUAUUUACUUGUAUACUCUGGGGAAAAAGUUCUUGUGCAUAUAUUGCACAAGGUAUAUAUUUUUAGAAAAUCCACUAGCCAUGGGAUCAGUGAUUUAAAAAAUUUACUAGCCACAAUUGAAAAUUCACUAGCCCUACUUUACUAAAUAAUAGUAAUAAUCAGAUAUGUCACCUAAA